AUGGGAUUUUCAUUGAGAUGUGCAAGUGUGCUAGUGCCAUUCCCUUUUAACAACAAGAGAAAUAGAGGGUUACUAAGAGCUCAACUCAGUGAUGAAAAUGACCCAUUGCUCCGAUUAGCCAUCAAUUCAGCUUCUCUUCGUCUUCAAGAGACUCAGAGACGAGAGCCUCUUUUUAUGGAUCCAUAUGCUGGAUGCCUUGUUCCACCUCACACUCGGUUGAAUUUUGAGAACUCAUCCAAACAUUAUUGCAUUGCAACCAAGUUCAUAGAUGACAAGCUGCUUCGCACAGUAAACCACAUGGAUGGGCUUAAACAGGUUGUGCUUUUUUCAGAUGGAAUGGAUACUCGACCAUAUAGACUUAACUGGCCAAGCUCAACCAUCAUAUUCGAUAUAUCUCCUGAAAGAGUCUACCAAAAUGCAAUUGAAAAGCUUCAAGAUGUUGGAGCUAAGAUACCAAGAAGUUGUUUGUUUCUUCAUAUUCCAUUGGAAUCUUCUAAUAUUCAAGAAGCAUUGCAUAUGAAAGGCUUUAAUGGAAACCGUCCAAGCAUAUUGGCUAUCCAGGGACUACCUUUGAUGACUUUGGUGAGUUUCAAAGAGAUUUUACUGACAGUAAGUGGUAUGGCAAUGGAUGGAUGUCUAUUCUUGGGAGAGUUACCUGCAUGGUUAGCCGAAACUAAAAUUGGUACUAAGUCUAGUACAGAGAAGUGGAUGGACAAUCUUUUUAUGAGCAAUGGUUUCAAGGUAAACAUGGUUAGCUACCAUAAAGUAGCUAAAAGUUUAGGUAAGGCAUUGAAGCUAGGAGAUCACAAGUACAUUUUGUUUGUUGCGGAACAAUUGCGAUUUUCUGACGAUCAGAUGGAAACUUGGAAGAUAGAAUCUCAGAGGGUGGAGGAAGAUAGAAAGGGGCAAGAUUUUGAAUAG